AUGAAUCCAAAGAAUAAGCAUGUAGAGUCCAAUUUUGCUUCUUCUCUUUCUUCAUUCAUUUCAAUAUAAAUACUCUUCUCACUCACAUCAACUUCCAAUAUUAUACUCCAUCCAUUUUUUAGAACUUACUAAUUAUAUUCAUUUGCAGAUUUCAUAUUUUAUUCACAUCUCAUUUCUGUGAACACAUAAAAAGUAACUCUUCUUCAACCUUCAAUUCAGAUUCGAUUCUAUUCUAUGGGGGAACAACAACAAAUUGACGGUAAUGUCCUCGCGGCGAAAUCUCUCGCUCAAUUCGGCGUCCACCACAUGUUCGGCGUCGUCGGAAUCCCCGUUACCUCACUCGCCACACGCGCCGUCUCUCUUGGCAUCCGCUUCAUUGCCUUCCACAACGAACAAUCCGCCGGUUACGCCGCUUCUGCUUAUGGUUACCUAACCUCCCGUCCCGGCGUUUUCCUUACCGUCUCCGGUCCCGGUUGCGUCCACGGUCUUGCUGGUUUAUCAAACGCUGCCAUCAAUACCUGGCCUACCGUCAUGAUCUCUGGCUCUUGUAACCAGAACGAUUGCGGUCGUGGCGAUUUUCAAGAGCUUGAUCAGAUCGAAGCGGUUAAGCCUUUCACAAAAUUCGCUGUGAAAGCCAAACAUAUCUCCGAAAUCCCUAAUUGCGUCGCGCAGGUUCUCGACCACGCUGCUUCGGGUCGACCCGGUGGUUGCUACUUGGAUCUUCCCACCGAUGUAUUGCAUCAGAAGGUUUCACCAUCCGAAGCUGAAAAGCUCUUGACCGAAGCAAAAGCGCUAGCAGAGAAAAACAAGGAGAAUCGUACCACGAAAGUUGAUGCUUCGAAAAUAGGUCAAGUUGUUUCGCUUCUGAGGAAUGCUGAGAGGCCAUUGAUUGUGGUUGGGAAAGGAGCAGCUUAUGCGAAAGCAGAAGAUCAGUUGAAGAAACUGGUGGAAACUACGGGAAUUCCGUUUCUUCCAACUCCAAUGGGGAAAGGUUUGUUGCCGGAUGAUCAUCGCUUGGCUGCCACCGCUGCUAGGUCGCUCGCCAUCGGGAAAUGUGACGUGGCGGUUGUUAUUGGGGCGAGGCUGAAUUGGCUUCUUCAUUUUGGGGAAUCUCCGAAGUGGUCGGAGGGUGUGAAGUUUGUAUUGGUGGAUGUGAGUAGCGAAGAGAUUGAGCUAAGAAAACCGUUUGUAGGUUUAGUUGGAGAUGCUAAACAAGUUUUGGAGACUCUAAACAAAGAGAUUAAGGAUGAUCCGUUUUGCUUGGGGAACACUCAUCCAUGGGUGGAUGCUAUUUCAAAAAAAUCAAAGGAGAAUGCUUCUAAGAUGGAGGCUCAAUUGGCGAAAGAAGUUGUGCCGUUUAACUUUCUUACGCCUAUGAAGAUUAUUAGAGAUGCUAUUUUGGAAUGGGGUGGAAGUCCUGCUCCUGUGGUGGUUUCUGAAGGCGCUAAUACCAUGGAUGUCGGUCGAGCUGUAUUGGUUCAGAAGGAGCCAAGGACUAGGUUGGAUGCUGGCACUUGGGGGACUAUGGGAGUUGGUCUGGGUUAUUGCAUUGCUGCCGCUGUUGCUUAUCCUGAUCGCCUUGUUGUUGCGGUUGAAGGGGAUUCUGGAUAUGGAUUUAGUGCCAUGGAAGUUGAGACAUUGGUUCGAUACCAACUGGCUGUGGUGGUGAUUGUUUUCAACAACGGUGGUGUAUAUGGUGGUGACCGUAGAAGCCCAGAAGAGAUAGAUGGACCUCACAAAGGGGAUCCUGCUCCGACAUCAUUUGUCCCAAAUGCAGGGUACCACACCAUGAUGGAAGCUUUUGGUGGAAAGGGUUACCUUGUUGGGACACCUGAUGAACUAAAGUCAGCUCUCUCAGAAUCAUUUUCUGCUAGGAAGCCAACCGUCAUAAAUGUUGUCGUUGAUCCGUAUGCCGGUUCUGAGAGUGGGAGGAUGCAACACAAGAAUUGAUUUAUCUACUCUAAUUACUUGCCAAACGAAUGCUAUGUAGUAUGUAGCAUUCUUUCCCUUCAACUUCAUUUAUUGUGGUUCAGCUUUUAGUUUUUGUUUACAGUAAUACACAGAAACUAGAAGUAAAAUAUAUAUAAGAUAAUCUCCCUUUCAAUUAUAAAUAAAAACUGAAAUAAAUUUUGUAUUAGAUAAUAAUCCAUUUAGGCCUCGGCUUCUUGGGCUUUAGAGACUAUGUUUGUCUUGAACCCAGUUUAUAGAUGAUCAGGUUUAGGCUGUAAUGUUAUACAGAGAUACAGAUCACACUCCAUUUACAGGAUAUGAGCUGUAGCUGGAAGGAUAUUGACUGUUUAUUUGUUUAAGCUUUUCUCUAUUUGAGUUUCUAUAGUACAUAAUAAAUUUAUGGACUGCUUUGAUA